AUGGACAGUUGGAGUAAAAAGCUGUGGAAGAAAAGGAGGCAGGUUCAGUCUCCACAUCAUCUCACCACCCUGGCGGAUUCCUGCUACGAUGGCUGCUACCUCCCCAAGCAGGAAAAUCAGUUUGUUCAUAAAGUCCUUGAGGAGCUGGACGCCUUUCAGAAGAGAGAUGAUCAGAAAAGCGUCCUACUCUUCCCACCCCUCCCGAGCCGACUUCGCUUUCUGAUCCACAAGACAGCUGAGAACCACCCAAACCUGAGCACUUUUUCUGUUGGGGAAGCCUGGAGCCGCAGGGUAGCCAUCUGCUACUCCCACCUAAGGUUACCACCCAGGGAGGACAGCAGUGACACAGACGGUAGUUUAUAUGAGCAGCCGUGCAGGAGGGACAGGCGAAUGGAGGGAACAUCAAGCAGCCAACCAGCCGGACUGAGAUCCGUCCGCAGCAGAGGAACUAAAAGGCCAGAUAAAGCCAUCUACGUUCCUCGAGCUUUGAGGCAGAAGGCAUGUGAAAGCUCAGGUUCUGAUGAGCCCAGCAGAAGCUCCUCCAGUUGCUGCCUCAGCACUUCAGAGGAGUCCAGCUCAGACACAGCAGAACCUUCUGCAGCCAAUCCAGAGCCAGUGUUUUACAGCACUGAUGAAUCGGUGGGCGAGCAGGACAUGUUUAUGCAGGUUUCAGGGUCAGGGCCCUACCCCUGGCCUCCAGCCUGGGACCAGACUGUCUCCUACUUCAUGGCAAUGACCCUGGAGGACCAGGCAGAGGAGGACUGUAGUAAUAUCACACCCACCGAAUCACCUUGCCAGCCGCAGAACAAAGAGGAGAGCGAUGACUUCUACUCCGAGAUUACAGCCCAUCUGAAGGAAGGAGAGGUGGUGAUUGAGAAUGCCCAGAAUGAUUACUCCAGCUUUGAGAACGCGUGGAUUAACCAGGAAGAGUUUGCUCACGUCAUCGAAAUCUACGAUUUUCCAGCCAUUUUCAAAACAGAUGACUUACUGGACGCUUUUGCAGACUACAGUGAAGGUGGUAUGAAGAUAAAGUGGGUGGAUAACACACAUGCUCUUGGUGUGUUUUCAAGUGCAUCAGCAGCGAUGCAGGCCCUGUCCAUCAGACAUCCACUGCUGAAGACCAGGACACUGUCAGAGGGUAGUAAGAAGGCGAAGGGGAAAGCAAUGAGACGAGCAGAGUUCAUUCAGCCGGUGAAGGAGAGGCCGCGGACGGACACAGCAGUGGCUAGGAGGAUGGUGACCAGAGCGCUGGGCUUGAGGGGAGGAUCCAGAGGAAAGCGCUAUUGAUCAGGAGUUUGUACACCCACCACAGAACAACAGGAGUCAUUGCAAAACCUUUGUUUGCCCAGCAACUGCUUUACUGAGAGUUAGUUUCUUUGAAUUUGUUUACUCCUGCCCUUCAGCUCUACACUGUUUAGUGUUCCUGCUUUUUUAAUUAAUCUUCACAUUUCCGAUAUUUGGCUGUUAAAGCAAAAAAUCGGAGACAGUUUCCCCCCAUAACCCAGUUCAGGCCAGACACAUUUGGUUUUAUCAUGUAUGGAAAGUACCUUUAGUUCAUAUUGAUAGUCAAACAGUGUCAGAAACUAUAUAAUCAAGUCUAAGAUACUAAACACCUCCACACAGUUUGAGGCGAGUGAGUGAUGAUUCAGGCAUGCAGUUAACGCCAUGAUAAUUGGUAGCCAUAAGCUUCCACUACCUGCUAGCUACAUUAGCAACAACUCAAGAAGCAAACUUCAGACAUCAAACAUGUCGUAAUUCAUCGACUGCUUGUGGCAUUCAGGCAACUUGGCAAAACUGCAAAUAAAUUCCAAUGUGUCAUUUUGAAAAUGAAUUCUUGCUCUAAAGUUUGAGAAACAUUUUUGGCAUAAAUUCUUCUCAUCCCGUCUGAAAUUGCACUGAUUAGUUUUCACAAAAAUCACGCUUCUGUAAGUGAGGCUAAGAAAACUUUACUGAACUUGCUUGUUAGAAUAUUGUUUACAUUUUCUUUUAGUACCUAUGAGCAAAAUGUAGCAUAACUUUUUUUUAUUUUAUUGCCAUCCAGGUUGCUACUCGAUUGCUUAAGCAGAUCUACAUAAACUAAAUUUUCUCCUCAUUUGCUUUUAAUAAUGCUGCUCUUUAUGAAAACUAAGGGUGUAAUUUCGUCAGAAGAUUUUUAAUGCCUCCUUUAUUUGUGUAUUUUCCAGAAAUUAAAUAUUUGCUGAAAUUAAAUAUUUGACACAUUUUAAAUGUGCUCACUCCCAGUUUUGCUUUGUAAGUCUCUUUUUGUACAUAAACAGCAGUAAUUACAACAAGGUGUGGUGCGACAGCUGAGCAGCAGUAUUAAAUGUAGAAAACAGUCAGACAUUAGAUUGUGAUUGAGGUUUUAUAUUGCUGUGUGUUUAUUUGGGUUCUAAAGCUUGCUUUGUAUAUGCAUUUUCAUACGAUGUGAUUUGUUUACAGUUAAAAAUGCAGAUGGAAAUAUGCUGGUUCUUAUGUCAAUCCAUGUUUUCUGUUAAUGCAUUGUGUUUUGCCCUGUUAGUAAUUUAUCUAAUUAAACAGUUUUUUUUAAAUCUGA